AUGAUUGGCCGAAAUGACUCCACCGAAGCUGCAGAGAUAACCCAAAGGCAGAAAAAUAAUGGAAGGAAGAAGGACCAUAAGAUGCUAUAUGCUCAGCUCCUGGCUCUCCUGUUCAUAGCCAUAAAUAUCAAGUGCGUAGUUUCUGUAAGAACACACACUUUUGGAAGCAGGUUAAGUAUACAACACAAGAACAACGACUUCUUCCAUGGUGGUGACCAUAACCAAGGAAGACGAAGGGAAGUCCCCACGUUUGUUAAUGUAAAUUAUAAGAAGAAUUUGAAGCUCCCCAGUCGGUGCAUCUUUGAUCGGUUGAGGAAUCCUUCUAAAUGCUUAUCACCCCUAGGGAGCAGUUUCCAAACUGUGCAGGUGAGCAGCAAAGAAAGGAAGGCGGACGCCUCCCCGUUAGAAGAUUUUACCAUCACACAUAGCAGUUCCGUAGCUGUGCUGGAGGAUGAAGUUAAAAAUGUAGUCAGAGAAAGGAGGGACCUUUUAUCCAACGGGUUUAAGGAGCGCACACAAGAUAGUCACACGCUGGGUGCAACAAGUGACGCAGUGAGAGGUUAUUCGAAGAAGGAUCAAAUUAAAGACGAUGGAGGGAAAGAAAUUGGCCAAGGGAAGAGCCCCAGGCGGGACGAGGGGGGAUUCAAGCAAAUGAGUCAGACAUACGGAAGGGUAGGAAGUCUUGUCGGUAGGAACAGAGGUGCCUAUCGGAAGAAGGGAACCCCCCAGGGGGUCGUGGAUAUACAGAAUACGAAUGUGCGGAGCUUUCUGCAGGGCGCUGAAGAGAACCGAUCGCUGGACCUGCUGAACUACAUCUACCAAUCGUGGAAGGAGAAGAACUUUGCCAACUUCGUCACAGCGAUAAAGGACGAAGGGUUCGAUCACACAUGUGUAGAAAAAUGGCUACAUAAAAUGUCCAUUGGGUUAAAUAAAAAAUACAUAAAAAUACAGCUGAGGAGGGAUUACGUGUUGGUUAAGAAUAAAUAUUUCGAUCCAAAUCAAACGAGAGUGAAAGAAUUUCACCUAACGUAUGGAGACAUUAACAAAUGUUUGGAAAUUUUAAUAAAAGACAUGAAUAAAUUUUGUUCCUAUGAAAUGUCUUCCAUUCUUUGGGCCAUCACAAUUAUCCUGAUAAAGCUUUUCAAAAGUUCCAACAGUAUUGACACCAGUAAUUAUGUGGCUUACUCGGAUAUUAAGGCGGUGACAAGUACCCUGUUAAAUAAUUUUGUGAAGUUUUUUUCGCUAAUCGUUUUUCACUUGAAUAAGGUGAAGGAGUACUUAUCGAUCGACGAAUCCCUGUGGGUGAUUUGGAGCUUGUGCAAGUUGCUGCAUUUUAAUGUGCUGUCCGCGGGGGGGGCCUCUGCAAAUAGCAGUGGUGGAAUUGACAACGGUAGAAGUGACCUCCCAUUGGGUGACAUCUCCGUGGGUGAAUCUGUCAAGGGAGACCGCCUUUCCGAAGAAUCCCCGUACAGCCCCCACCAAAUAACCUACCUCAAGAACAAGUUCCAUCUGACUGAAGAAAGUGUGAAACACAUACUGGACAUAUUCAACCACAUCUACAAGCACCUCCAUGGAAACCUCCAAUUUCUGCAGGAAAAGUAUUACAUCUACAUCCCCUUUAUCAUUUUCGAAUCGCAAACGUUGUUGCUAAGAAGUAGCGUCUUGUUGUUGAACAAAAUAAUGUCUAUAAUUUUGAGGAGAAAAGUUUUGCUCUCCCUUUUCAAUUUCGACGCGUUGAAAAGGGAACACAGAAGGAGGAUACAUCAGAGGCAACGUGAAGGAAGCACUCUCCUUGGCAGCGUUCCCAAUAGGAAGAAUAGCUACCCCCAAAAUGUGGACAUUUUUAAAAUAAAGACACUGAGCAAAGUAUACAAACUGAUAAAGUGUAUUUCAAAAAUAUUUUAUCCUUUGAAAAAUUCCAAUAUCCGAAACUUAAAUUUGCACAAUAAUUAUAGGAACUUGGACGUGGCUCUUUUGGGAGACUUCGUGCGUGCAUGCAAUGAUGUGUUGGUGAAGUAUGUGGACUACUUCAUGUUCGUCAUAGGUAACGACGGGGGGGAACGCACUGUGGAUGAGGUUAGGUCGACUCCCUUGGGUGAACCGGUAGAACUAAAGGACCGACCUCCACCUGUAAAAAACAUACGUAUGGAAUAUAAGAACGAGCUGAUUUUCAUUUACAACUGUUUGAAGAGCUCUCUUGUGUCUCUGAUCAAGUUGGACCUGAAGGAUAAAUACAUGUACGAGUGGCUGAACGGGCACAUGCACCUGUUUCAGUUUGGCCAGCCCCCCGAGGGGGGACAGAAAAGUCAUGAUGCGCCAAUGGGUAGUACUCAAAUGGGUAGCGUUUUAGGUAACCAUCAUAACGACCACUUCGAAAGUAAUAUUCCCAGUGAGGAGUCCCCCGAUGAGGAGCUCCUGGAAGAGGAACCAUCCCUUGUGGAUAACACCACCGUCGGGGAGACGAAUUCUGAGCAUCCCUCAUAUGGCGAACCACAAACUGGUGAUUGCAACCACGACCUUAACAAAGGUGAAAUGGUCAAAUUAACCCCGUUCGACCCAACCGAAGUUGUAGACGUGAAUAGGGAUUAUGAGCAAACGCUGGAAAGACUCCCCCCUCCAGGGGGAAUGUCCCCUCCAGAUGGUAACGCCAACUCCAAUGACGUAUGUCUGGAUGUGCUGGCUCUGAGCAAAUUCACAAAAUUAUAUAGCACCGAAAUGAAGAGGAAGCUGAUAGAAAAUGUGAAGAGAAGCAUUGCAGAAUCAUUGAAGCAGGUUGAGGGUCUGUACCGAAGUAGUGACACAGACCAGGUGCACUACCCGACCUACGUCUCCAUGAACGAUAUAUACAUUAUAGAGGAAAAGCGAAUAGAAGAACUAUAUAACGAGGAGACAAUGACUUUUUACAAAAAAAACAAAAGUGUCAACUUUAGGAAUAUUAUAAUGCCAAAACAACUAGCCAUUUAUGUUAAUUACAUAGGAAGAAAUAUGAAUUUAGUUGAAACGAAAAAACAGCUGGAUGAAAUUUUCUACCUCUCCGUCAUGUAUAUCAACACUACCAGGUUUAACUACUGCACUUCUAAUGACAUAAUUCACUUCUUGCAGGGGUUGUUAAAUUACUACGAUUCGGAGAGGAAAGGGAUGAACACUUUAUCUGAACAGGUGAACAGAAUGUUAGUACUGCUUUGUACCAUUGUGGAGAAUUCUUUCCUAAAAUGGAAAUCGUCAAAUAUUUGCCAGCUCAUUUAUUUGCUUACAAAAUACAAGCAUAUACACAGGAACAUUUUUAACAAGUUCGACUGGCUGCUGAACACGGUUGAGUUCCCUCGCUACGUGUAUCAGAGGGCGCAGAUAGACACAUCCGGGGGGGGUGUGCUUGGCACUGAUGGGUAUGACAAUUUUGGGGAGAGCACAUCUGUUCAGUCCGAUUCGUCAGAUUGCAAUGCUGUUCAGUUGGAUGCUGGAGAUAGCACCGAUGUGCUGUCCAACCCAUCUGCGCGCCGCACAGAGCGAACGAGCAAGUCCACACGCAUUAGCAUAAACGAGAUAAAAUACGAUAACCUGGGUUCAGCCCUGUGGGCCAUGACUUCCCUCAACAAACACGUAAUCAAGAAAAAGUAUUUCCUAAAAUUCUGUUACCUUUUCUCAGUAUACAUUUCUCUUCACAUGAAAUUGUUCUUAAGUCAGAUGCAACCACAUGGAUACCACUCAAACGGGUUGGAUACGUCGUCUGAGCAAAACGUGAAAGGAAAACCUCAAAAUGACAAUGAAUUCUUACAACACAAUGCCAGUUAUUUUAAGCUCCCCUUAGACACAAUGACGAUAAGUAUCUACGUGAACACCUUUGCGAGGAAAAUAAAAAUUGGGUUCAAACAUCUGUUCGAUGUUAUUAGGAAUGACGUGAGAGUUGUGUUGAAUUUUUCUCUGAAGGAACUUUCUUACAUUAUGUACUCCCUGGCCAAUGUGGAUAGCAAUGCCUUGGGGGACACUGUCUUCCAUGGGGAGCCCGCUUAUCACGACGGAAGUGCUUCUACGGAGGAGAAUAAACGCCGCUUUGAGGAAUUCCUGCACGGGGGGGGCGCCCUGUGGGUGGACGAGCUGGACGGUAUAUUUGAUUCGGCACAGGGGCUACCCCUGAAGGAGGUACGCAGCGAGGAAGAGGAGCCGACCUCUAACGGGGCACCCCAUCUGGAUGGCAACAGCAGUGAUAACAGCAGUGAUAACAACAGUGAUAACGGCAGUGAUAGCAGUAGUAAUAACAGUAGUAAUAACAGUAGUAAUAACAGUAGUGACCAGCCUGCGAAGGGGAACAGCAAAACCAUCGUGCGGAAGAAAAACUUCCUAAAGUUUAACAAAGAGAGAAUCGAAAUUUCCAGCGAGUUCUUAAACAGCCUGAUGGAAAAAGUAUAUAAUUGCGCAUCAGCCAUUUUGCAAAGAAAAAAAAAAUACCUCCAAGAAGUCAUCUCUCAUGAUAACCUCUACAUGAGUAAUGCCAAUAAAAAAAAAAAAAUUGAAAUAAUUGACCUGAUGAAAUUGGUGUAUAGCAUUUUUGUUUUCCUAAAUCAGCGAAUUCAGGUCGGUCGGGUAGAUGGUAUUAAGUUUGACCUGGCUGAAGAGAUCAUUCGGCUCUACAGCCUCAUCGUGAAGAGAUUCCCCAGCACGCUCAAUUAUAUCUACCUCAUCAUCGAUACGUAUGCCCUCAUAAGCAAUGUCUACACGUUGGAUGCCUUCACUAGGGGUAUCAUAAAGGUGGGUUUAAGCGUUGGACUGGAAUUCGUCCAAAUUUGCGUAAAGAAGGUUGAAGAAGAGAAGAUGCUGGAUCUGGAGAAGAAAAAAAUUAUGUCUAGCGUUCAAAAUUUGAAGGCCACCAACUGA